UUGAAAUGAUAAAUACUUAUCGCACUCAAUAGUCAUUCUUUAACACCCAUUUCACGCCCGGUGCUCAGUAUCUAGUAACACCCACUUUAUGUCAAGUGCAUCUGGUGUCUGGAUAAUUUUGAUCUUGGGACCCAAUACACCCACUUCACUCUCAGUGUUCAGCAUCUGGUAAUACCCACUUCAGACCCAGUUCUCAGCAUCUGGUGCCUGGAUAAUUUUGAUUUUGGUGAUUCCAACAUCGAGUGAGACGGACCCUGCUCUAAAACAAUGUGAAAUUAGCUUUUAGGCCUAACUAAAACCCCAAAAACUAACUCAAAGGAAGGAAGAUUGCUCAAAUUUUAUAAGGAGUUCACCCAUCUUAUUAACCAUCAAUUUGGACUUUUGUUACUGUAUAAAAGUCUAAACAUAGUCACUAAUAAUUUUUAACUAUGUAAACACCUUUUUGACCCAACCAACUGUGUAAUAAUUUUACAAUGCAAGGCACCCACUAAGAUUCGACUCGUAAACAGCGCCUCAUCUCGUGCAAUAGGGUUCGAGCACAACGGUGCUCAGCACUCUCAAAAUCCUUUUCUUGUACAAACUCCAACAUACAAGAAGUUCUCUUCUUUUCCUUCUUCAACUAUGGCUCCAUUGUUCCUCUCAUUCACCUUUCUACUCUUUCUACUCUCCACAAAAUCAUCAUCUCAAUCCACUAAUCUUGACCCAAACCAACUCAAAGCUCUCAGAUCACUAAGUGUACCAACAGGAAAAGACCCCUGUUCUCCUCUUCACAAUUCCACCAUUUGUGACUCUUCCACUCCCUUUCACCAUCUCAUCUCUCUCAAACUCAUAAACUGUUCAACUGAUGUUACAUUAUCCCAAUCAUCUCUCAAAACUCUCUCCACUCUCCAAGACUUACAGUUCAUCAACUGCCCUGUUUCUCCUGUUCAUUUCCCUUCUGAACUUUCCUCCAGUCUCCAAUCCUUCACUUGCAUCAACUCUCUCAAGAAACUCACAAGCGUUUGGCUAAUUCAAUUGCGCAAUGUGGUUAGUUUAACGGUGUCACAUGUCCCUGUUUCUGCUAGUGGCCCUUCUAUAAUCUUGAACAGUAUCAAGAACUUACAGAGUGUCACAAUUUCUCAUGCAAAUCUCAAAGGGGUUGUUCCUACAAAAUGGCAUAUGAAUCUUACUUAUGUUGAUUUAUCUGGGAAUCAGCUAAAAGGGAAAAUACCAAGUUCUUUAACUGAACUUGAAAAUCUUUUGCAUUUGAAUCUUUCUUCAAAUUCACUCAAUGGGACUAUACCAAAUUCAUUUGGUAACUUACUUUCUUUAAGAAAUGUGUCAUUAGCUUCAAAUGCUCUGUCUGGAAGUAUUCCGAAAUCGAUUUCUGCAAUAUCUGGAUUAGUCCAUCUUGAUCUUGGAUCAAAUCAAUUGAAUGGAACUGUUCCAAAGUUCAUAUCAGAUAUGAAGGGAUUGAAAUACUUGAAUCUUGAAAGAAACAAUUUCGAAGGGGUUUUGCCAUUCAAUGCUUCUUUCAUCAAGAAACUAGUUGUGUUCAAAGUGGGAGAAAAUUCAAAUCUUUGCUACAAUCAUUCCACACUGUCUUCAAAACUAAAACUUGGCAUUGCAGCUUGUGAUAAACAUGGAUUGCCAGUGUCUCCGCCGCCUCCUAAGGAAGAUUUCAGUGAUGAUACUGCCGAGGAUGAUACUCCACCACCUAAACAUGAACAUGGACCAAGCAGAGUUGUUUUUGGUGUGGCUAUUGGACUUUCAUCCAUUGUGUUUUUGAUUAUUUUAUUGGUUUUAUUGUCCAAAUGUUGUAAAUGAUCAUCAUCACUGUAAAUUGUGACAAAUUCUUGGUCCGGUUAGAAUUUUGAGUUUUGAAAGCAUGAUCAGUUAAUAAUGAAUCAUUUACACUUUUG